AGGCUACUCUGUAAACUUAUUUCUAUUUAUCUUCACUGUUGAUCGAGAUACUAUACCCCACCAUCCCUUAACUCCGAGAUAUAUAUCUGCCCAUAAUCCCUCCAUAGUUACGCUCCACAACGACAAUGUCCACCAAAACUAUAGCAAAUUGGACUUCCUCCCUAACAUAUUCCUCCCUUUCUCCUUCCAUAGUCCAAUCUACCAUUCAAUCCUUCUACAACUGGACAGGCUGCACCGUCGGCGGCAGCUCCCACCCCGCAACCACCAUUGCCCGCAAUGCGCUAACCCCGUUCUUCGGCGCUCCGACAUCGACGCUUUUCGAUUCUCACAAACAUCAAAAAACAGAUGCACAGCAUGCAGCCCUGCUAAAUGGAAUCGCAUCGCAUGUGCACGACUACGAUGAUACGCAUCUAGAAACAAUCAUCCACCCAACAGGCCCUGUCGCAGCGGCGCUUUUGGGUAUUACGGAGACACUGCAGAGGCCGGUUUCGGGGAAGGAGUUUAUCACGGCUUUGGUUGCGGGUAUUGAAGUCGAAUGUAAAUGUGGACUGGCUGUGUGGCCGAGUCAUUAUGAUGUUGGAUGGCACAUAACAAGCACAACCGGCUCCAUUGGCGCCGCUGUAGCCGUUUCCAAACUUCUGGGUCUCUCUCCGGACCAAAUCGCCCAUGCGAUUGGCAUCGCAGCUACACAAGUAACAGGGCUUAGAGAGAUGUUCGGCUCACAUACCAAGUCCUUCCAUCCCGGCCGCGCAGCACAGAAUGGUCUCAUGGCUGCCAUCCUUGCAUCAGACGGGUAUACGAGUUCCCUGGAAGCACUUGAGGCAAAACGGGGUUGGGUGAAUGUCGUCAGCGACGACGACAAGCUCCAGAAUCUAGUGGCUAGUCUGGGGAAGGAAGGUGCUUGGGAGAUUGAGAAGAACAGCUUCAAGCCGUUUCCAUGUGGGAUUGUGAUUCAUCCGGUUAUUGAUGGAUGUGUUCAGUUGCAUGAGGUGCUCGGUGGCAGUGGGAAGAGGUAUGAGGAUAUUACAGAUGUUCAGCUCACUGUGCACCCGCUCGUCCUCGAGUUGACGGGGAAGACGAAGCCCCGGGAUGGACUGGAGGCCAAGUUUAGCGUUUACCACGGCGCUGCGAUUGGCUUACUCCUUGAUAAAGCAACACCUGCUCAGUAUGAAGAUGCUGUCGUGACAGAUACAGAAGUUAUCAGCCUCAGGGACAAGAUCCAUGCCACAGCAGAUGAGAAGUGUCGUCCGGAUGAGUGUCACAUUGUGGUUAAUUUUGCUUCUGCUGGUGGGACGUCCGCGUCUAUUGAGAAACAUGUGGACCAUGCCAUUGGGAGUGUGCAUUGUCCGAUGUCGGACAGUCAGCUUACAGAAAAGUUUAUGGAUCAGUGUGUGCCGGUUCUGGGCCUGGAAAGGACCCAGAAGGCCAGUGAGUGGUGUUGGAUUUUAGAUAGACAUGGGGAUGUCCGUGAGAUAAAGGAGUUCUUCUGAUUAUUCCUGAAUAGCUUCAGUUAUAUGAGACAAUUAACUGUCAAGACAGUUACAGAUCGU